AUGGCCGAGGAGAGCGCGGUCGCCGACCAGGAGCGACUCCUGCAGAGGGUGCAGGAGCUGGAAGAGGAGGUGAAGCGGCCCAAGAAACCCCAGCAACGGCCGUUCGAUUUCGGCGCCUACGGCCGCAGACACGUGGCGCUGAAGAUCGCCUACCUGGGCUGGAGCUACCAGGGCUUCGCCAGCCAGGAGAACACCAGCAACACCGUCGAAGAGAAACUGUUCGAGGCCCUGAAGAAGACGCGGCUGGUGGACGACAGGCAGACCUCCAACUACCACCGCUGCGGGCGGACGGACAAAGGAGUCAGCGCCUUCGGACAGGUGAUUUCCCUAGAUCUCCGCUCCAACCUGUCCGCGGGGAAGAAGCUCAACGGGCACGAGGCGGACUUGGAAGGCAAAAGCGAGGAGGAGGAGCUCCGCUACACCCAUAUUCUGAACAGGGUGCUCCCGCCCGACAUCCGGGCGCUGGCCUGGGCCCCCGUGGAGCCCGAUUUCAGCGCCCGCUUCAGCUGUCUCAAGAGGACCUACCGCUACUUCUUCCCCUGCGCCGACCUGGAUGUGGCCCUCAUGCACGCCGCGGCCCAGAGGUACGUGGGGACCCACGAUUUCCGUAACCUGUGCAAGAUGGACGUCGCCAACGGGGUGGUCAACUUCCAGAGGACGAUCCUCAGCGCCGGAGUGACAUGGGUGGAGAGGGGAGAAGAAACGGGGCCGGAGGAUCCCUUCCGCCUGUGCCAGUUCGAAGUGACAGGACAGGCGUUCCUCUAUCACCAAGUCCGCUGCAUGAUGGCCAUCCUCUUCCUCAUCGGCCAGGGGAUGGAGAGCCCUGAGAUCAUCGACGAGCUGCUGGACGUGGAGAAGAACCCCCAAAAACCACAGUACAGCAUGGCAGUCGAGUUCCCCCUCGUCCUCUACGACUGCGAGUUCGCAAACCUCCGGUGGCUCUACGACCGGGAGGUGCAGGACUUCAACGUCACCCACCUGCAGCGGCUCUGGGCCGACCACGCCGUCAAAACCCAAGUGCUCCGCGACAUGUUGCGAGGGUUGGACGCCGCUCCCGUAGCGAUGGGGACAAGUAAGGGGCGGUCUGGCGGGAAAACUUUGGGAUGGGGUUUAAGGACAUAA